UGUCACAGCAUCAUGCAGCAGGUCACACAAGGCACCUCCUAGGAUUGCAUUCUACAGAUGUGCCGUAAACAUCAAAAGGGAAUGAUUUGAGCAGGAUAUGGUAUUUGGGGAAGAAUUAUGGUUUAGACUGGCCCAUGUUAGCAAUGGAUGUGGCACUUUCUCCCAUGAGAACACAAGAACUGGAUCCCAUGCCUUCUGAUGUGUCUCCCAUGCUUAUAAACAUGACUCCUACAGUGGAAAAGGAUGGGGAAGAGGAUGUGAUGAAGGAGCUUGAUUCUGGCCAGCAGUAUGAAAAACCUCCUCCUCUCCACACUGGGGCAGACUGGAAGAUUGUUCUUCAUUUGCCAGAAAUUGAGACAUGGCUUCGGAUGACAUCGGAAAGAGUCAGGGAUCUGACAUACUCUGUGCAGCAGGAUUCGGAUAGCAAGCAUGUGGAUGUGCAUCUAGUACAGCUGAAGGAUAUUUGUGAAGAUAUAUCUGAUCAUGUUGAACAAAUUCAUGCUCUUCUAGAGACUGAGUUUUCCCUGAAGCUUCUGUCUUACUCUGUCAAUGUGAUCGUCGAUAUCCACACCGUGCAACUGCUGUGGCACCAGCUGCGUGUCUCUGUUCUGGUUCUAAGAGAGCGAAUUCUCCAGGGACUGCAAGACGCCAAUGGAAACUACACCAGGCAGACCGAUAUUCUGCAAGCGUUUUCUGAGGAGACAAAGGAGGAUCGUCUUGACUCUUUAACUGAAGUAGAUGAUUCUGGGCAGUUAACUAUCAAAUGUUCUCAAAAUUAUUUGUCAUUGGAUUGUGGUAUUACUGCAUUUGAACUAUCUGACUACAGUCCUAGCGAGGAUCUGCUUGGUGCUCUGGAUGAUAUGACCUCCAGUCAAGGUAAAGCAAAAUCAUUUGAAUCUUGGAACUACAGUGAGAUGGAUAAGGACUUUCCAGGACUUAUCAGAAGUGUGGGAUUGCUUGCAGUGGCAACAGAUUCCAUUGCUCCUCAGUGUAACGAAGCUUUAAAUGAGAAAGAAACGCAUAUACCUCUUUCAGCAGAAGAUGAGGAAGGAAGAAAAGAUGAGGAAGCACCACAUGAGCUUUCACUAUUACCUUCUUCUGAGAAUUCCUCACUACCUAAUGGACCUUGUUCUGAAAAUGGUGUCUUAUCAACUGAUGGCAAAACAGUUUCCACGUUAGAGACACAAGAAUGCGACCUUCCACAGCAUGGUGGUGAAAAAAUCAAACAGUCUCACUGUGAGAACUCAACUCCUAAGAGGUCCAUUAGAGACUGCUUUAACUAUAAUGAAGAUUCCCCUACACAGCCAACGUUGCCAAAAAGAGGUUUAUUUCUGAAAGAUGAUACAUUUAAAGACUAUAUGGAAGUCAAUGAAUUAAAAAGACAGAUCUCUCAGAUAGUAAAGAAUGAAAUGAGUAGAAGUACACCCUCAUUGUUAGACCCACCAGACAGGUCCAAGCUUUGCCUAGCUUUGCAGUCACCCUACACUAACAAUUUGUCUGCAGUUAGUCAGUCAUAUGAUUGCUUGAAUAAAAUAGAUGAUAGAAAUCUUGAGUACACAGUAAACAACCACUUUAAGGACAGUUCUGUAAGUCUACGUAAGUCUCCUUACUACAUCUGCAAAGAAAAAUCGAAGCAGAAGAAGUCUCAUGACGCUAUAGAGAAACUGAAAUCCAACAGAACACCUGGUGGAGUGUGUAAAAUGGGGCCACCCAUACAAGUCAAAAAAAGAGGACACUCAGGUCAACAAAAUGGAGUUAUUUCUUGCAACUCUCAGUCUCUGGAGGGGACAGAAACAGAUGCUACUUCUACGUCAUCAGAUUCUUGUAACCAGAAAGAUCCAAAUGAGCAAACAAAAGAUAAAACUGAGCCUUUUAGUUCACCAGUACUUAGUCAGAAGUGUACUUCUCCAGUUGUUUCUGAACUUAACAACUCAUCACCUCUUCUUCCAGCCAGAAUGAUGAAUAAAAGUUAUUCCUCAUCACCAGGUUCUGUUAAUACAAAUGGUAAGGAUUGUGAUGAGGUCUGGUAUGGAUCUGAUGAAUAUUUAGCACUUCCUUCACAUCUCAAACAGACUGAAGUAUUGGCUUUGAAGCUCGAAAAUUUGACCAAGUUGUUGCCACAAAAGCCCAGAAGAGAAACUGUUCAGAACAUUGAUGACUGGGAACUGUCAGAAAUGAACUCAGAUUCAGAAAUGUAUCCAACAUACCAGAUAAAAAAGCACAAAAAAGUGGGUAGGAUUUCACCAAGCUCUUCAAGUGAUAUAGUAUCUUCCCUGGGCGACAGUAUUGAAUCCGGGCCUCUCAGUGAUAUUCUUUCUGACGAAGAACUCUGUAUGCCUGUGUCCUCCGUUAAAAAAUACAUAGAAGAAAAGUCAGAAAGGACUGCUGUCAAUCAGCCCACUGAGAAUGAGAUUUAUGGUUCAAGUAAAUCAGGUUUAAUUCAUCAACUGAUGCAAGAUAUACAGCAUCAAGAGAAUUAUGAAACCAUAUGGGAAAAAAUUGAGGGGUUUGUAAGCAAGCUGGAUGAAUUCAUUCACUGGUUAAAUGAAGCCAUGGAAACAACAGAGAAUUGGACUCCUCCUAAAGCAGAGACAGACAGCCUUAAACUGUACCUGGAGACACACUUGAGUUUUAAGUUGAACGUAGAUAGCCACUGUGCUUUGAAAGAAGCUGUGGUGGAAGAAGGACGUCAACUUCUUGAGCUUAUUGUAUCUCACAAAUCAGAAGGACUGAAGGACAUGCUGCAGAUGAUUGCAAGUCAAUGGAAGGAACUACAGAGGCAAAUCAAACGGCAGCACAGCUGGAUUCUUAGGGCUCUGGAUAUCAUCAAAGCAGAGAUACUGGCUACUGAUGUGUCUGCAGAGAAUGAGGAAGGGACUGGGAGCCCUAAGGCUGAGGUUCAGCUAUGCUAUCUGGAAGCACAAAGAGAUGCUGUUGAACAGAUGUCCUUAAAGCUGUACAGUGAGCAGUACAACAGUAGUAGCAAGCGCAAGGAAGAGUUUGCUGAUAUGUCAAAAGUUCACACAGUGGGAAGUAAUGGCCUUUUGGACUUUGAUUCCGAAUACCAGGAGCUCUGGGAUUGGCUGAUUGACAUGGAAUCCAUCGUGAUGGACAGCCAUGACCUGAUGAUGUCAGAGGAGCAGCAGCAGCAUCUUUACAAGAGAUACAAUGUAGAAAUGUCAAUCAGGCUCCCGAAAAAGAUGGAACUGCUUAGUAAGGUUGAAGCUCUGAAGAAAAGUGGUGUUUUACUACCAAAUGAUCUCCUUGAAAAAGUGGAUUCAAUUAAUGAAAAAUGGGAACUGCUUGGGAAAACCCUAGGAGAGAAGAUCCAAGACACAAUGGUAGGGCACAGUGGGUUAGGUCCACGUGACCUGCUCUCGCCUGAAAGCGGCAGCCUGGUAAGGCAGCUGGAGGUCAGGAUCAAAGAGCUGAAAGGGUGGCUGAGAGAUACGGAGCUUUUCAUCUUCAAUUCCUGUCUGAGGCAAGAAAAUGAAGGAACAAUGAAUGCUGAGAAACAACUGCAAUAUUUUAAGUCCCUUUGCUGUGAGAUCAAGCAGAGACGUCGCGGGGUUGCCUCUGUGCUGCGAUUGUGCCAGCACCUCCUGGACGACCAGGAGACUUGCAACCUAAAUGCAGAUCACCAGUCCAUGCAGCUGAUCAUUGUAAAUCUUGAGAGGAGGUGGGAAGCCAUCGUCAUGCAAGCUGUCCAGUGGCAGACAAGGCUACAGAAGAGACUGGAAAAAGACUCG